GGGAACGUUCGAACUUGGAACUGGAGGAGAAGGAAACCGAGUUGAAAGAAAAUCAAACGAUAACAAUUCACAAUGAUACGACCUACGAAGUGCAAAACGCCUCGUAGACCUGCUCCAAAGAAGCCAUCCAGCAACCAGAAAGAUCCCGUUGGUGUGUACUGUCGUGUGAGACCUCUCGGAGUGGAGGAUGAGGAGUGUUGUAUUGAAGUGAUCAGCAACACCACCAUCCAGUUACAUGCUCCUGAUGGACUCAAAGCCAACAGGAACGGAGAGUUCAAGGAGACGCAGUACUCCUUCCAGAAGGUGCUUGGUAUAAAGACAUCCCAGAUGGAAUUGUUUCAGGAUAUUGCCAAGCCGCUCGUUGAUGACCUCAUUCACAGUAAAAAUGGUCUGCUGUUUACCUAUGGGGUGACAGGCAGUGGGAAGACCUUCACUAUGACUGGGUCUCCAGGACAGGGAGGACUCUUGCCCCGUUCCCUGGACAUGAUCUUCAACAGCAUCGGGCCCUACCAGGCCAAACGAUUCGUGUUGAAGACAGAUGAUAAGAAUGGUAUGGAGGUCCAGAACCAGGUGGACGCUCUGUUGGAGCGCCAGAAGAGAGAGAACCAACCAACCACCGUCCCUAAAACACCCUCCAGGCAGAGGCUGGACCCAGAGUUUGCAGACAUGAUCAACCCAGAGGAGGCGUGCAGGGUGGACGAGGUGGACGAGGACAGUAGCUACAGUGUGUUUGUCUCCUACAUCGAGAUAUACAACAACUAUAUCUAUGAUCUCCUGGAGGAAGCCCCCUACGACCCCAUCAAACCCAAGUGGAACGGUGGAGGCACUCCUCAGAGGCAGCCCAACCAGGAGGUCAUACCGCCCCAGUCUAAGAUCCUGAGAGAGGACCAGAACCACAACAUGUACGUGGCCGGCUGCACCGAGGUAGAAGUCAAGUCUACAGAAGAGGCCUUUGAGGUGUUCUGGAGAGGUCAGAAGAAGAGGCGUAUAGCCAACACUCAGCUCAACAGAGAGUCCAGUCGCUCCCACAGUGUAUUCAUCAUCAAACUGGCUCAGGCCCCCCUGGAUGCAGAUGGUGACAACAUCUUACAGGAUAAGAACCAGGUCAGCGUCAGCCAGCUGUGCCUCGUAGACUUGGCGGGGAGUGAGCGCACCAGCAGGACCCGGGCAGAGGGCAACCGCCUCAGAGAAGCAGGUAACAUCAACCAGUCGCUCAUGACUUUGAGGACGUGUAUCGAAGUGCUUCGGGAGAAUCAAAUGUGUGGCACAAACAAGAUGGUUCCCUACCGGGACUCCAAGGUCACUCACUUGUUCAAGAACUACUUCGACGGGGAGGGUAAAGUACGGAUGGUUGUAUGUGUCAACCCUAAAGCCGACGACUACGAAGAAACAAUGCUGGUGAUGCGUUUCGCUGAGAUGACCCAGGAGGUAGAGGUAGCCAGGCCUGUGGACAGGCCCAUCUGCGGCUUCGCUGCUGGGCGGCGACAGAGGAACCAAGCCUUCAAAGACGAGCUGUCGCGACGCCUGGAGGAGCGAGGAGGCCCUGUGGACGCAGAAUCCACCCAGUCAGUGAUGCACCAGCUGCUCCAGAACCUGCCCCCUCUGCCCGCCAGCGAGAUCACGGACCCCCACGAUGACGUCACCCUGCCCCGCCUCAUAGAGGCGCUGGAGAAGAGACACAAGAUCAGGCAGAUGAUGACCCAGGAGUACAACAAGGCCGCCGACAUGUUGAAGGUGAUGAUCCAGGAGCUGGACAGUAGCCUGGUUUCCAAGGAGAACUUCAUCCAGGACCAGAGAGGUCAACUGGGGGAGAAGGACAAGACCAUCCAUACCCAGAAGACUGAGAUAGACCGUCUGGAGAAGAAGUCGAAGAUGCUGGAGUACAAGAUUGACAUCCUGCAGAAGACCACCAACAUCUAUGAGGAUGACAAGCGUACGUUGCAGCAGGAGCUGGAGAGCAGAGAACAGCGUCUGCAGAGAGAGCAGUCGGAGAAGAGGCGCAUGGAGCAACGCAUGCAGGGCAUGGUCCAGGACACCAAGCACAAGUGGGAGAAGGAGUGUGAGCGCCGUGUGUGUGCCAAGCAGCUGGAGAUGCAGAACAAGCUGUGGGUGAAAGAUGAGAAGCUGAAGCAGCUGAAGGCCAUUGUGACUGAGAGCAAGACCCCCUCAGACCAGCGCCCCACCACCGACAAGCCCCAGCGUCCCUCCCGGGAGAGGGACCGCGCCCCCGCCAAGAGAUCGGCCUCGCCAUCGCCUGUUCCCACGGGUCCCCCGGUGCGUGCGGUCCACAGGCGCUCCCACUCUGCUGGGGAGAGGUGGGUGGACCACAAGCCGUCGUCGAACGUGGAGCUGGACACGGUGAUGCAGCCCAUCCUGGGAUCCAACUCCAUUAAGGUCUCGGCCCCCAGCGAGAAGGCCCUGGCCAAGUGUGACAAGUACAUGCUCACUCACCAAGACUUGGCCUCUGAUGGAGAGAUACAGACCAAACUCAUUAAGGGUGAAGUGUUCAAGACCCGAGGUGGAGGACAGGCGGUCCAGUUCACUGACAUAGAAACUCUGAGACAGGAGCUUCCUACUGGACCAUGCCGUAAGAGGAGGUCUUCAGAGGGCAACACUGCCCAGGGGGGCGACCGUAUGGAGGGAGACUGGACAGAUGUGGAGGACCGGUGCUCUAUGGCUAUAGAGAUGAGGGCUGGGUCGAACCUGGGUCCAGGCUACCAGCACCAUGGACAUCAGAAGCGCAGAAAGCCCUGAGAAGGUCCUGUCCUGUCCUGUCUGGGCUGCUCCAUACACCCCUCUCUCCCUCCUCA